AUGGGAAUCCAACUGUUGCUGUUGAUGUUUUUGGUUCCAGGUUGCUUCUCCGUUCUUGUGACUGUGCCAGAUACUGAGCGAUACACAACAUUAUUUGCCUCUGUGAUUCUAAGGUGUGAGUACAGUACCACAGCACCACUACAGGAUGUGGUAGUUACCUGGCGCUUUAAGUCCUUUUGCAAGGAUCCUAUCCUUGACUACUACUCAGUUGCCUAUCAGACAGGCCUAGAUCUUGGCCAGGAUCCUUCCAAUGACUGCAAUGACAACCAGCGAGAAGUACGUAUCGUUGCUCAGAAAAGAGGACAGAAUGAGGCCGUGCUGGGGGUUGAUUAUAGGCAGCGGAAGAUUACAAUCCAGAACAGAGCAGAUCUUGUGAUUAAUGAAGUGAUGUGGUGGGACCAUGGAGUCUAUUACUGUACCGUUGAAGCUCCAGGGGAUACAACUGGUGACCCAGACAAAGAGGUCAAGCUAAUUGUUUUGAAUUGGCUGACUGUGCUCUUGAUUAUCCUUGGUGGCCUCCUCCUCCUCAUGCUGAUUGGGGUGUGCUGGUGCCAGUGCUGCCCUCAGUAUUGCUGCUGCCAUGUGCGCUGCCCCUGCUGCCCAACACGGUGUUGCUGCAAUGAAAAAGUCCUGGAACGGCAUCACUUCAUGAAGCAAGCUAAACAACUUUUGCCAUGGAUGACACAUCCCUCCCAGUCAUCUUCAUACCAACUAAAUCCACUCUUACAGAGAGAUAUGUCUCUGCAGAGCAGUCAGCCACUGAUGCCGCCAGUUGCCCAGGCAGCCUCCAGCAACAAAUUCUUGGACCACCUUGAAUCUGAGAUCAGGAACCUCAAUCUUUCCCAGCCCAUGCUGCCUUUGCACCAGCUCAGGGGCAGUCAGCAUCCCAGUGUUCUCUCUUCUCUGGGGUCAGAGAUAGUGGAACGCAGAGUAAUCCAGCUGCCUCCCAUCAUCGAACGUGUCUCCUCUCAGAGAACUACCAGCUCAUCACGACUGCAGCAGUCCUUGCAUCCUCCAAGGUCUCGGAGUGCCACAAGUGAAGAGGAGAGAGAGAGGAGGCGGCGGCUGCAGCGGCGCCGUUUAUCUUUGGAUGAGGAUUCGCACUCCGGCUGUGAUCAGGAGUCGUGGGACAGGCCCAGAGACUGCAGAGCUGAGAGGCAGAGGGACAGCAACCGUUACAACAGGUCCUGGACUUCCAGGGCCACUGGAACGCCCAUCUUGCAUGGGAGGGGCACUCUCAAUUCCUCUCCUGAGGAAGCCAGAAGGGGGUAUUCCGGGCAGCGGCAUUCUGACAGAAGAUAUCAGCGUUCAGGGCAGCAGAGUCAUCAACAAAGCAAUGGCUAUGAUCGCCGAGGCCGCCGGCGCCAUCGCAGCUAUUCUCCACCCUCCCGUCGGGAGUCGUGGACUUCCUCUGAUGAGUAUGAGCAUGCCCAAAGAAACAUUCGGAAGCCUCACCAGCAUCGCUCUUCAGAUUGGCUGGAGGAUAAACCCCCUAGUUAUCGCUCAGUUGAUAUCGGCCCGGCCAAAGGCAGCAAGUCCAGAAACCCUCCAGAGCAACAGUCAGAGAAAGGCAGUUCUCGCAGUGGAAGAAGCAUUGUCAUUUAGCUGUUCUGUUUUGCUACAGUGCAGAAUGAGAUAGCUUCGUUGGCCUGAACUGGAAAUGGUAAUCUUUUGGCUAUAAAGGCAACCUGUCAAGCAUGCAGGACUUCAAGGAAUCUAUUUCUCUUCACUACCUUCAGCCUGUGCUUCCUCAUCUUGGGAACUUUAUUUUUAAUGUAAUAGUAUAUGAAAAGGCAUCACUUUGCUAAUGACCUAAGAAUGAAAUGGAGCUCCUUUUUAAAAUCAUAGGCGCUAGCCUUCUAAAAAACUUGGUUGCAUAGCUGCAAGCCUGUGCAUAUUUUUCUGGGAGUUUUCUGAGUAAAUACACAUAAGGUUGCACUGUUUGAGGAAGUUUUGUCAUGGAGGCCAUAAUGUCAAAAGGACAGCAUCUUUGGUACAGAAGUGAUGCAUGCUCACAAGACCCCAUGUGUUAUGGAGCUGAUAUAACUGACUGGAUCAUCUCUGCUAUUAAGUACUUCUGAACAUUCAA